AUGAGUAAAUUACCUACAUAUUUCAUUUCCUCAGCCUCUAGCCAGGGGCCUCGUGGCGCAACGGAUAACGCGUCGGUCUACGGAACCGAAGAUUGCAGGAAGAUAGACGUUAAUUUACAGGAGGAAGACGAAAUUGAAAUAAUCGAUGACGAUGAAGAUGAGAAUGUUGAAACGAGCAAUUCCAUAAAUAAUUCUGAUCAAAUCAAGAAACAAAUCGAUCAGUUAAAUAUUUUGGCCCAUGAAAAAAGCCAUACAGUAUUUCGACUUCCAACAAAUCUUGAAAUUCGCGAAGGUCAAGAAUAUCAAUGUCCUGUCGUUUCGUUAGAAGACUGGAAGGAAGCGACAGUUAGUGAUAGUUUAAAAAACUAUGAAUUAGUUGAUCCUGACGUUUGUGUUUGGAAACCAACGGAUUCACUAAGCGAUCAAGAAUUAAAUGAUUAUUUAUCUAUAGCUUUAAGCAAAUUCGAUACUCAGCUAGAACAGGCUAUGUACAUACUUUUUAAUGUUAAUUAUUGCGUAAAGGCUGCAAUAGAACAUCUCGCAAAAUACCGAGUUUUAAAGGAAGAAUGGUCUGAUAAUGAAAUCUCCAUAUUUAAACAAUCGUUGCAAAAUUAUGGAAAAAAUUUUCGAAGAAUUAAAAAAUUGCUUCGCCAUCGUACAAUGCGUGAUAUCGUUCAUUUUUAUUAUUUCAACAAAAAGAAAAUGAAUUUUCGUAGUCUUAUCGAUAUUUAUGUGGAAGAAUUUCACGGCGACGAUAAUAGUGGUGAAAAUGAAGGAGAAAGAUGUAUUUUUUGCGAAAUUUGUGGCAUUCAUGAAGGUUAUCGUCUUCAUAGGUUAUGCUUUGAAUCUGCUGAUCCGCCAAUUCAUACUGCGAAAUCUUUAAAUCUUCCUUUGACAUGCCCAAAAAAAUUUAUUGAAAUUUUAUCUUCUUUCGCUGAUGACGCAAAAAUUGUUGAAGUACAUAAUCCAUCAAUAUCAAUAUCAGACAAAGGCAUUGAGAAUAAAGCUGAAACAAUUGUAAAACCACGUUUAGUAUUAGACAAAAAGUUGGAGAAAUUGGAACAAGAUUUAAUGAUCAUGAGAGGUCGAUGUGUACGAACUGAAUAUGAUGCACGUAGACAACUUGAUGCAUUACUUGCUGAUGAUUUAAAAGAAUAUCGUAAAACACCAGUUCCUUCAUCCACAAGUCGUCCACAACAUUCUAUCAUAUGGACAGAUAAAGAAAAGUGGCAGGCGCUUUUCGUGUUUCAACGUUAUGGUAUUGACUUUGCCGGUGCUGCAGAAUUGUUAGGUAAAACUCCUGGCUCUGUCCGAUCCUUUUAUCGUGAAAACAAGGAUCAAAUCGAUGAGAUGAUUUUGAAAGCGAAUGAUUUAUAUGAAAAAGGAGCCGCGGAAUAUGAUUAUACUGAAGAACUGAGAUUACCAGUGAAAGACGAGGAAAUUAUAGAUCUCGAUUAA